AUGUCCUACUGCAGUGCUUUUGACUCUUCCUUAUUUGGAAAUUGUUUGGCAGAUUUAAGUGUAUCCGAGCUAUUGACAUUAAAACAUUCUUUGCAAAGUUUGCGCGAUACAGAGGAUUUAGUUAAAACACGCUAUUCCAAUCCGCAGGACCUACAAUGUCCAGAAACAGCUGAAGAAAAGUGUGAAAAACCUACCACAAUGGCUUUGGUGGCAGAACAAAGAGGCUACGCUGAUUCACAUUCAAGUUAUGAACCUUGGCAACCUGAAGAAAAGCCCUCCAAGUUGCAAACUCUUUUCCAUAUAAGUGUUACUGCCUUGGCAUUUUUAUCAUUUGGUGGUUACUUGUUGUGUCUAAUAGUACAAUCAAUAAAAAGCAAAGGUACCACAUAUUUUCAUCAGACUGCUACAACUAUGGCCACCACUACCAGCUUGAAGCGUAUUAAAGUUUAUAGAAGAAAUCGGCGUUCAUCCUUGCCACCCAUUGAAAGUACAAACAAUUAUAAUUAUUAUGGCCAGCAUAAUAGUAAUAAUAAUAACAAUAAUCCUUAUCAAUAUUAUCAAAAGAGAAAUAUUGAAAAUUAGUGAUGACACAUACCUAGUAGGAUCAUACAAUUGAUUGGUUCGAGGCAUUCGACCGGGACCCAUUUUCAUGCCAUACAAAGCAUACUGAUCUUCAGACAUGGCUACAUCUCUGUAAUUAUGAAAAAAAAAUUAAAAAUUACAAACUUGAGGUAGCGCUUAAUUUUCGUCUAGACUUACGCUUGUUCUUCAUCUAUUAUGGGAGCUAUCACCUGUCCCCUGGUACCAUAUUGACUGUAAUAGGGUUCUUCAUAACUUCCACGGGUCGAACGUUCUGGCGAACUGGUGUAACCAUCUGGAAAAUGUUUGUUUAUUUUAAACUUUCUGUAUAUAUUUGUUUUCAUGCAUCCUUAAACAUUCUAAAAAAUUUAAACAAAUAAAAUGA